AUGGCUUUCAUUGACACAAUUGAAAUGUAUAAAUAUAUUUUGUAUCAGGGGGUUUUGUCUCUGGCAGAUCAAUUAAACAAUUUCAAAGGAUAUAUUGAGAAGCUCAAAGGUAUUGUGGGGGAAGAAAGAACUCAAUUUAUAUUGGCAAAUAGUUUGAUCAUAGUGGUUGCAAGUAGCAACGAUCUUGCUAAUACUUACUUCACACUCGGUGUAAGGAAAUUGCAUUAUGAUAUACCCUCUUACACGGAUCUGAUGGUAUCAUCCGCUUCUAACUUCAUACAGGAUAUAUACAACCUUGGAUCUAGAAGAAUUGCAGUCUUUGGUGCACCUCCAUUAGGGUGCUUGCCAGCACAAAGAACACUUAAUGGUGGUGAACUUAGAGUUUGUGCAGAAGAGCAAAACAAUGCAGCACAAUUAUACAACAACAAGUUACAACCAGAAGUUGAGUAUCUCAAUAGAACUCAUCCGGAAUCCAGGAUUGUCUACAUCGACAUAUACAACCCCUUGCUUGAUAUUAUGCAACAUCCUGGUCAAUAUGGACUAGAAGUUGUGGAUAAAGGUUGUUGUGGCACUGGAAACUUAGAGGCUGCCAUUUUAUGCAAUCGAUUCCUCCCAACAUGUGUUGAUCCUUCAAAAUACCUAUUUUGGGAUAGUUAUCAUCCAACCGACAAAGGAUACAACAUCCUCAUAAAUCAAGUGGUAGGAAAAUAUGUUAAUGAUUUCUUUUAAGUUCAUAUGGAGGUAUUAAUAAAUAUUCAUAUCAUAAAACUUUCCAUGCAUUGUAAAACUUAGUGGACAUGCUUCCUUCUUGAUUUACCAAUUUUCAUAUUUUUUUUUUGGAAACGGCCAAAUUUUAUAAAGCACCCAAACUGAGCAAGAAGCAAAGCAGAGGCAAAACAGGAACAAACAAAAAAAAGUUUUAACAAUUACAGAGAAGAAAAAGGAGAUGCUAACCAAUCAUCCCAAUUACAAAUGACUUUUUUACUCCUAUAUUUCAUCCAUGUGAAUGCUAACGAUUUUAUAUAACCAGAUCCAUUUGUUGGAUUGAUAAAGGUAUUACGAAAUAUCUUAUCAUUACAAAACUUCCAUAAUUCCCAAAACAUGGCAUAACUGAUAUUUAUCAACCUUAUUCUUUAUCUUGGACAUGUGCCCCAUUUGGUAAUGGAUUUCACUAACUCCUUGGUGUUGGAUGAUGGAGGUAACGAUGUGCCACACCAGUUAAUAAUUUUGUCUCUAGUAGCUUUAGUGAAAGGGCAUUGAACCAGAAGAUGAUUGGAGUCUUCAAAUUCACCAAUACAUGAAGUGCAGAAAGGUGAUGUUAAGUGAACUCCUCGAUUGAUUAGUGCUGAUGCUGUGGGAAUGCAUUCUUGUGCAGCUCUCCAAUUAAAACAUAUGACUUUUAGAGGGGUUUCUUUACACCAAGUAACCGACAUUUCAGUGUUUGAGAGAGGCGAAACGUCGAUUAUUUUUCUAAGUGAUUCCACUGUGUAAUUUCCAUCUACAGUAAGGCGAGAGCUCCAUUGAUCCUUUCCUGUGCUGAGUUCGGUGUUUGUGAAGUCACUGUGUAUAUCGCAUAUUUGUUGUGAUAAACCUGCCAUUAAGGGGCAAGAUUUCCAUCUCCAAGGCGUGUUGUGAUCCGAAAGCUUUUGAGCAUUUGUAUCUUUUUUUUGGCUCAAGAUCAUACAGUUCUGGGUAUUUUUUUGCAAUGUUUGAUCUCCAGUCCACUUGUCUUG